GAUUCCGAAAGUUCGCCUUUUCCGGUUUUGUGCAAACAACACACACGCUGUUUUCAUCGAACCGCGUGCCCCCAGCUGCUUUUAGCACCGUUACUCCCGUUACUCACAGUCGAGCAAUAAUACUGCACUUCAAUAUGAAUAGCCCCGUGUGACGGCAACAACCGGGAAAAGGCCGUUCAUGUUAGCCAGCCUCACACCAAGAUUCCUUCGCAUCUUUCCGCAACGGUGCAUCAAACUCCACAGCCGUUGCCUCGCCACCUGCACACCGACCGGCCUCAAAAUACCCAAAACAAUGAAACUGGACAGCCCGCAGUUUCGGGCACUCUUCACUCCCGAGGUGAAGGAACUCGUCGACAUCUUCCGACGGCACGGCCACGAGCUGCGCAUCGCCGGCGGCGCGGUGAGGGACCUACUGAUGCACAAGGCUCCGCAAGACCUCGACUUCGCCACGACCGCGACGCCUAACCAGAUGAAAAGCAUGUUUGAGGACGAAGGGGUGCGCAUGAUCAACACCAAGGGCGAGAAGCACGGCACCGUCACCGCACGGAUCAACGACAAGACCAACUUCGAGGUGACGACCCUCCGGAUCGACGUGGUGACCGACGGUCGCCACGCCGAGGUCGAGUUCACGACGGACUGGGAGACGGACGCCAACAGGAGAGACCUCACGGUAAACGCAUUGUUCCUCGGCCUAGACGGCACGGUCUACGACUUCUUUCACGGCAUCGAAGACCUGGAGAAGCGGCGGGUAGCUUUCGUCGGCGACGCCGCGCAGAGGAUCCGAGAAGACUACCUCCGGAUCCUCCGGUACUUUCGGUUUUACGGUCGCAUCGCCGUCGAACCGGACUCCCACGAACCCGAGGUCCUGACGGCCAUCCGGGAGAACGUCGGCGGGCUCGGCGGAAUCUCGGGCGAGCGGCUUUGGGUAGAGCUCAAGAAGAUACUGGUGGGCAACUUCAACAGAGAGCUAGUCUGCAGACUAGUCGACCUGGGGGUCUCCCCGUUUCUCGGCUUGCCGGAGUCCCCGGACCUGGUAGAGUUCGAAAAAGUCUGCGAGCGCUCGAAGCACCUAUUUCCGCAACCGACCACACUGUUGGCAGCAUUGCUCCAGACCGAAGCGGAAGUCUUGAACAUGCACGCUAGACUAAAGCUGUCGGCGUACGAACGAGACCUGGUGCUCUUCGUUGUCAAGCACAGGUGCGAUAAGAAGUGUCUGGGCGACAGGCUCAAGCCGUACCAGGCACUCCUCUUCACAACAAAGGGCAAGGUCGGAGACGUCCAGGAAUGGAUCUGUGAGGUCCUAAAGUACAGAGCAGACUCCGAACUGCUGGAACGGUUUCGGUGCUGGGACGUGCCCAGGUUUCCGGUCAAUGGAAACAUGCUCCUUGAAAGGGGUCUCCGGAGCGGGCCAAAGUUUGCAACGGUCCUUGGGAAGCUGAAAGAGAUCUGGUUCGAGAGUGACUUUUCAAUGACCUCCGACGAACUGCUCCAGAGGCUUCCCGAGAUCCUCGCACAAGUCAAGUCUGCCAAGACAAAGAAGACCUGAUGCUUCCCUGUCCAUCCUUCAGACACCCAUGACACAGGAAGACAGCAACUCACCACUCCAGAGACACUCUUUGCUUUAUUAAAGACCGGCUUGAAUCCUC